AUGGUAGUUUUGUCCUUUUCUAUCUGGACAGAAAAGCUCCUGGUUCUGACUGUAGCCACCGAGGAGACAGAUGGAUUUCGGCGUUUUCAGAGAUCAGCCCAAUGCUUCAACUACAAAGUGAAGUAUCUCUGUAUGAUGUUCCUGCAGGUCCUGGGGCUCGGGGAAGAAUGGCAUGGAGAGGGGCAGAAGGUCCGACUCCUAAAGGCUGCACUGGAACAAUAUGCCGACGAUGAAGAUCAGAUUAUCCUCUUCACUGAAAGCUACGAUGACAUAUUUGCUUCAGGCCCGGCUGAACUUGUGAAGAAAUUGAAGCAAGCCAAAAGCAAGGUGGUGUUCUCAGCAGAAGCCGUGGCCUAUCCUGAACGACGUCUGGAGCCCAAAUAUCCGAGUGUCAUAGAAGGCAAACGUUUCCUGGGAUCGGCAGCUUUCAUAGGCUAUGCUCCGUAUCUACACAAACUGGUGGCCGAUUGGGAUGGGGCCGAUGAAGACAGCGACCAACUCUACUACACCAAGAUCUACUUAGACCCCGUGAAGAGAAAAAAAACAAACAUUACUUUGGACCACCGGUGCCGAAUAUUCCAGAGCCUGUAUGGAUCUGAGGGGGACGUGGUGAUGAAGUUUGAGAAUGGACGAGUCAGAGCACGGAAUCUCGCCUACGACACCCUUCCUGUUCUGGUGCAUGGCAAUGGGCCUACUAAGCUUCUGAUGAAUUAUCUGGGGAAUUACAUCCCUCGUGUAUGGACCUUUGAGACCGGCUGUGUCGUCUGUGAUGAGGGCUUAAGGAGUCUCUCUGGAUUUAAGGACGAAUCUUUCCCAUUGGUUGUGAUUGGUGUUUUUAUUGAUCAGCCCACGCCAUUCACCUCAGAGUUCUUCAAGCGGAUUAGUAACCUGGAGUACCCCAAGAAGCGUAUCCAGCUGUAUAUCGCCAGUCGUGAGCCCAAUCAUCAGAGACAAGUGGAGAAGUUCUUGAAGGAACACAGUGCAGAAUACAACCUAGUAAAAUACAUUGCACCAGAAGAAAUCUCAAAUGCCGCAGAUGUCCGCAAUGCUGGAAUGGAUAUUUGCCGGCAGAACCCGGAGUGUGAAUAUUAUUUUAGCAUUGACGUGCAGGUGGUGCUGAAAAAUGCCAGCAUACUGCGGACACUCAUAGAACAAAACAAGUCCAUCCUCUCCCCUAUGAUCAGCCGGGUUCAGGACUUGUGGUCCAAUUUCUGGGGGGCGCUGAGCAAAGAGGGGUUCUACGCCCGAUCUGAGGAUUAUGUUGAAAUCGUCCAGAGACAGAGGAUUGGCAUCUGGAACGUCCCAUACAUCACCGAUGUGUAUCUGGUGAAAGGCAGCGUGCUCCGGACUAAACUGAACCAGUAUGACAUGUUUCGCAGUGGUCACCUGGACCCCGAUAUGGCGUUUUGUGACAACGUCCGCAAACAGGGGGUUUUCUUGUUUGUGAGCAACAGGCAGCUGUUUGGCCACCUCCUGUCUCUGGAGAAUUAUCAGACCAGCCACCUCCAUAAUGACCUGUGGCAGAUCUUUGAGAACACCCAGGACUGGAAAGAAAAGUACAUUCACCCUAAUCACAGUUUUGCUCUCAUAAAAAAUAUGGAAGCGCCGUGCCCCGAUGUCUACUGGUUCCCAAUUUUCACAGAUACAGCUUGUGAUGAGCUGGUGGAGGAAAUGGAAUAUUUCGGUCAGUGGUCAAGUGGAAGCAAGCAGGACCAGCGUCUGCAGGGAGGCUAUGAAAAUGUCCCAACGAUCGACAUUCACAUGAACCAGAUCAACUACGAGAAAGAAUGGCACAAGUUUCUGCUGGACUUUAUAGCGCCAGUGACUGAAAAGAUGUUCCCUGGUUAUUACACACGGGCUCUGUUUGACUUGGCCUUUGUAGUCCGGUACAAACCAGACGAACAGCCCCUCCUGGAACCCCACCAUGAUGCCUCCACUUUUACAAUCAACAUCGCUCUAAACAGCGUGAGUCAGGACUAUGAGGGAGGUGGCUGCAGGUUCCUCCGUUACAAUUGUUCCGUCAGUGCCCCCAGGAAAGGCUGGGCAUUGAUGCACCCGGGAAGACUGACUCAUUACCACGAAGGGCUUCGUGUCACGAAAGGCGUCCGAUACAUCGCAGUCUCCUUUGUGGACCCUUAG